AUCGAAGGUCACCCUCCGUCCCGUGUUUUUGGGCGGACGUCUCCUUCGUGUUUGCGCGAUAGUAACCAAGUCAAAAGGCGCGACGUCACAGGCCCCAGCGGUUCAAAGGCUACACGCCCUGCCCUCCUACAAUCGGACUAACCAGCCAGCCACAGCCCAGCCUUCUUCUUCUUUAGGAGGUGGACGCUCCGCUGCUUCCUCAGUCCUCCUGGGAAACACCCGACUUCCUCCUUCUACUACCGGACGACCAUCACCGCCGCCGAGAUGCCCAAAACGGUCAACGUUCGCGUCACCACCAUGGAUGCUGAGCUGGAGUUUUCCUUCCACCCCAACACGACUGGGAAGCAGCUCUUCGACCAGGUGGCCAGGACAAUCGGACUGCGCGAGAUUUGGUACUUUGGGCUCCAGUUUGUCGAUGGAAAAGGUUUACUCACCUGGCUCAACAUCGAGAAAAAGGUGAUGUCGCAGGACGUGCGCAAGGAGACGCCGCUGCAGUUCAAGCUGCGUGCCAAGUACUACCCGGAGGACGUGGCCGAGGAGCUGAUCCAGGACGUGACUCGCCGGCUCUUCUACCUGCAGGUCAAGGACGACAUCCUCAACGAGGACGUCUAUUGUCCACCCGAGUCAGCCGUGCUCCUCGCCUCCUACGCCAUCCAGGCCAAGUAUGGCGAGUACAAGAAGUCGGUGCACCACCCGGGCUACAUGUCCUCGGAGCGUCUCUUGUCGCGCAGAGUCCUAGAACAACACAGCUUGUCCAAGGACCAAUGGGAGGACAAGAUACAGGUCUGGCACGAGGAGCACGGAUGCAUGCUCAAGGAUGAGGCCAUAAUCGAGUACCUGAAGAUCGCCCAAGACCUGGAGAUGUACGGCGUCAACUACUUUGAGAUCAAGAACAAGAAGAGCACUGACUUGUGGUUGGGCGUGGACGCGCUGGGUCUCAACAUCUACGAGAAGGAGGACAGGAUGACUCCGAAAAUCGGAUUUCCCUGGAGUGAAAUCAGGAAUAUUUCCUUUAACGAUAAAAAGUUUAUCAUCAAGCCCAUCGACAAGAAAUCCCCUGACUUCAUCUUCUACGCGCCGCGGCUGCGCGUCAACAAGCGCAUACUGCAGCUGUGCAUGGGCAACCACGAACUGUACAUGCGGCGCCGUAAGUCGGACACCAUCGAGGUGCAGCAGAUGAAGGCCCAGGCCAAGGAGGAGCGGCUCCAGAAGAAGAUGGAGCGCGAUCAGCUGGAGAGCGAGAAGAAGCGCAGGGAGGCCAUCGAGCUCGAGAAGGAGCAGAUGGAACGGGAGAAGCGCGAGCUCAUGUCCAAGCUCCAGCAGUACGAGGAGACCACCAAGAGAGCCGAGAGGGAGCUCCAGGAGCAGCUGGACCGGGCUAUCCGGCUGGAGGAGGAACGGAGGAAAGUGGAGCAGGAGGCGGCCCGGCUGGAGGCCGAGAGGAUGGAGGCCAUCAUCGCCAAGGAGGAACUGACCAGGCAGGCUGAGGACCAGAUGAAGAGCCAGGAGCAGCUGGCCACGGAGCUGGCCGAGUACAGCGCCAAAAUCCUGCUGCUGGAGGAGGCCAAGAGGGUGAAGGAGGAGGAAGCGGAAACGUGGCACUGCAAGGUGAGCUUCCGACAAGUGGUGGCAAGUACAAAAACGUCUUUGCCUUACUUGGAGCUGAAUGAAGUUGAAUUUGGUUUUCAACUUCCCAAACACUUUGACUUGUCGUUUUUAUGAAGACACAAAUUUCCA